AUGGAGAUGAUCAGUAUGAAGGAUCUUCUGCGAUUCAGAGAGACCAUCCGAGUCCAGCUCCGCCCUUCUCGAGUCUCGGAUCCUUCACAAGAAGAUCCCUCGAGGUUGCUCCUCCUGGUUGGAGGGGGAUUCGCUAUGGCGGCAGCCUUUCAAGCAUCCCGCUCUUCCUAUUGGCUGGGACGGCAUACGGGAAGACUGGGGUCCAUGCCCCCAGACGUCCUUGUCUGA